AUGAAGGAUUUUAACGUUUCCUCGGAUCCUGGCGGCAUGUCUACAUAUGUUAGAAACACCGGCACUCAUCUGUCAACGUUGACAAGAAUCUUGGGCGUGUGUACUGCAAUUGUUGUGUGCGGCGUCGGGGCGGAUGUGGCGUACCGUCAGCACACCAUGGGGUUUUACGUUACAGCAGCGUCCGGUUUGAUAUUCUUCCUGGAGAUUACUUGGGCCAUCACCUUGUUUGUGCAGAUCUGUGUCAGAAACGAUGAGUCUCUUUGUUCGUGCUGCUGGUCGGCAGUGCUGGCGAUAACGAGGGGUUGGCGGAAGGCAUUGUUUUAUCUACCGCUAUCCUGUAUUUUGGCAUGGAAACCGCACAAUCUUUGGUUGUCCUAUGUCGCGGCCGGACUUUUGGCAGUGCUAUCCUUGCUGCAUAUUGCAUCCAGCGCUUUGGAGAGCCGCGGUUCCUGCCAGAUGAGCAAUGCCACGGAUUCGGUUGGCGAGAGCCUUCUAAACACCAGGCCAGAGAAUUACGAUCGUUUCGAAGAAGUUCUGGUGACGGAAGUGCUGGACGACGGCGUGUCGGGGCCAACGGGACGAGUGGGCGAUAGCGACGGGGAAAUAUGACACGAACGUCAGCCCUCGUGGGCAAGCGAGUCGGACGAGGACAGUGAACCGGAACAAAGGACAUGUCAGAUAGCGACGUUAUCUUAGUCGUUGAUGGCGGACAUAGGGAACAUCAGCUUUGGUGUUUCGCG